GAAAUGUAAAGCACCAAAACCUGCAUUCUGUUUCUCUUGUUUUCUAAGAACGUUCACAUCCACAUCGUGGACAUGUCGAGCGCACGGCAGGUGUGGGCGUUUGCACAGAGCUUCUCUGAAAACAACCAGCUGCAUGUGCUGAUCAACAAUGCAGGCUGCAUGGUUAACCAGAGGGAGUUAACAGAGGAGGGACUGGAGAAGAACUUUGCCACCAACACGUUGGGUACCUACAUCCUCACCACUGCUCUGAUACCUGCACUGAAGAAGGUGGAAGAUCCCAGAGUGAUCACCGUGUCGUCAGGCGGCAUGCUGACCCAGAAGCUCAACGUGUCUGACCUGCAGUUUGAGAAAGGCAGCUUCGACGGCACCAUGGCUUACGCUCAGAAUAAGAGACAACAGGUGAUCCUCACAGAGCGGUGGGCGUCUCAGCACAAAGAGAUUCACUUCUCCUCAAUGCACCCUGGCUGGGCCGACACACCAGCUGUGCAGUCAUCCAUGCCUUCAUUUCAUGCCAAGAUGCAGUCCAAGCUGAGGACGGAGGCCAUGGGGGCAGACACGGUGGUGUGGCUCGCCGUAUCAGCGGCUGCCAUUAAGCAACCUAGUGGGCUGUUCUUUCAAGAUCGCAAGCCGGUGGCGACCCACCUCCCCCUGGCCUACUCCCGCGGCUCCCCACAGGACGAGGAGCAGCUUCUGACAGCAUUGGAGGAAUUCGCCCAAAAGUUCAAGCCUUAAUGAAU